AAAAAAAAUCACCAGAUAAAUGAUGUUUUUAUACAUUUAUAUUGUUCUUCUCUUAGAGAUGCCAGCUGUUCUGGGCGUGAGUUUGGAUCAAGGUCAAAAGGCUUUGAUUAAGACAGAGGGGAAAACUGUUUAUCUGCCCUGCAAAGUGACUGGUCAGAGCUAUAUCCAUUGGUACCAAAUGAAAGAUGGUGAAGCCCCGUCGAGGCUACUCUAUAUCAGUCAAAGGGGUGAUGUCACACGUGAUACCAAUAACCCUCAAGCAAAUGAUUUCACAGUGGACAAAACAAAGCUUUAUGAUCUAAAACUGAGUGACACUCAAAAGAGUCAUGCUGCCGCUUACUUCUGCGCCUACUGGGACUCAAGCAGCCACAUGGGCAACUGGAUCAAAAGAUUUGGAUCUGGAACACGGCUGGUUGUAACCGACCCAAAGAAAGAAAUUGUUACGGUACCAGAGUUGACUGGAUACCGACCAUCAAAAAAAAACACUGACAUUCAUGGCAAACAGACAAUGUUAUGCCAUGCCAGUGGCAUGGUUCCUGACUUUGUGACAUUCAAAUGGCAAGAAAAGAGCGGUGCAGGACAGUGGACAGAUGUAUCAGAGGAAAAUGUUUUGGAGCAGAGGAAAGAAAGUCCAGCUGUCACUGUGACAAGUAUGAUGAUUGUAGAUAAAAACAUGGCAGAAAACAAGGACUACCAAUGCAUUGUUACCCAUGAGGGAAACACUGAGAAUCCUUCCAAAUCUCUUGAAAUGAAGAAAGAAAACAGUAAGCCGGCAAAGGAAUCUAAAAAUGAUGCUCAGAACCCAACAUGUUCACCCAGCACUGAGGAGACCAUAAAAAAGCAAAUAUCAGGAGAUUCAGAGCAAAUACCAAGUAUGUUCCUGUUUGUCUAUGCAUAUGGUGUCUUGCUCAUGAAGAACGGUUUAUUUUUUUGCAUUGUGUCUAUGUUUCAAUUAAAGAGAAAAGCUGGAAAGAAAGACAAAAGCUCAGAGACUUAAUGCAUAAGAUAAAUAUCAAGCAAGCAAAGGUUUAUUACAUAAAGCACAUUUCGCUAACUAAAGAAUAGAUGCAUAUCUACAGCAAUAUUAUUUCUGCUUAAAAUGUAUGGCUUUUAAAUUUGUUGUAGAUCUGCUUUGAACAAUUUACUUUUUCAUCUUUAAAAUGCAAUAUUUUGAUUUUUUAAAAUGUAUA